AUGCUGUCAAUAAUUCUUGAACAAUAUGACUAUAAGGCUCUUACAAAGUCUUACAUGGACAUUUUCAAUUCUAAGAAAUUUGCUCAAUUUUUGAAUACUACUCAAACAGGAUAUGCCCACUCAUCCUCAGGUAUUGAAUUCAGUGUAUUUAUGAAAACUAUAUUUACCUCCUUAUGUUUCUGCACUAUACAACUCACUUUAUUCUGCUUACUACGAUCUGUUUUCAAUUACUUGUAUCAACCUAGAUGUUUUUGUGUUCCAAUUGGUGAAAGAAUGGAAGUAUUACCUCGAGGAUUUUUCAAAUGGAUUGUUCCUACUUUGAAAUGUAGUAUCAAUACUUAUUUAUCAUUAGGACUAGAUGCUUAUUUUUUUGUUCGAUUUAUUAGUGUAUUGCUGUUGUUCUUUCUAUUUGUGGGAACCUUGAAUAUGAUUAUACUUAUUCCGAUAAAUUUCACCGGGAGUAAUUCCGAAUAUUCUGCAUUUGGAUUAGAUAAAUUAAGUUUGUCAAAUAUUGCAAAUACUAAUGUUCGAAGACUAAAUGCUCAUUUUAUAAUGGGGUUGGUAACAAUUGGAUUUUUUCAUUGGUUGAUUAUUUACGAGUUUCAAAGUUACGUCACGAUUAGACAAUCGUAUUUAUUAUCACAAAGUCAUAAAGAAUCGGUUACGGCAAGAACAUUGUUAAUUUCCAACGUGCCGUCAUAUUUACAAGAUCACGAAGUAUUAAAAAAAUUAUUUGAAGUUGUUCCCGGUGGAAUAAAGGAUAUUUGGGAUAUCAGUGAUUUUGAAACAAUAGAUCAUGAAGUAAAAAAAGCACAAGCGGCAUUGAAUUUUCUAGAGAAAUCACAAAUAAUGGGGCUCAAAAAAUUUUACAACAAUAGAAAUAGUUGUUGGUGUACUUCUAAAGUAGGAGAUUCCGUAGAGGAAGCUCGGGGAUUUCUCAUAAAGCAUGAUGUUUAUUUUUACCCACCGAUAUAUUUCGGACCAGUGAAGAUCCCCCAGAUUGAACGAACUUUGAGAGUCACAUUCCCAGGAUGGUUGAGAAUAUUUGCACUUCAAAGAAGACUUUCAAUGGCAAACUGGUCACUACAAACACUUUAUGAAUGCCAUAAAGCCAUAGAGCAAGAGAAGUUGAAACUUGCAAGUGGCCAACUAACCAAACACAACAAGAUAUUCAUUGAAUUUGCUACGCUAGAAGGUGCAUAUAUCGCGCAUCAAUGUUUGCUUUCUCAAUCACAGGGUAAUUUGGAUAAAACAUUGAUUGAUGUAAACCCAGAUGAUAUAAUUUGGAGAAAUGUGGGAAGAAAUGAUGGAAUAGCUUGUCAAUUUGAAAAAUAUCUAGUAACCAUAAUUUUUAUUAGCAUUAUAAUCUUGUAUGUGAUUCCUGUCUCGUUGAUUGGAUUAGUUUCACAAAUUCCUUUGCUAACUCAAUUGAUGCCAUUCUUAAAAUGGGUUUACCAGUUUCCCGAAGAAGCACGUGAAACAAUAUCAGGGUUUUUACCAUCGAUACUACUUAGCAUUCUAACGGAAAUAGUCAUGAUAACUUUUAGAUUCUUAACCUAUUUUAAAGGCAGAACAACGGGCCAUGAAGUGGAAAUGGACUUGCAAAAAUGGUAUUUUGCAUUUUUGUUUGUUCAACAAUUUCUUGUGGUUACUAUUCUGUCUAGUGUAACGGUAAUAUUGAAACAAAUUAUCGACCAACCAACAUCAAUCCCAAUCUUGUUAGCUACCAAUUUACCUAAAUCAGCAACAUUCUUUUUCCAAUACAUAUCACUUCGAGCUUUUGCAUUCUGUGGGAACAAUUUCUUAAGAAUCAGUCCGUUGAUAUUAACAAGCACAGUGUAUAAACAUAUAGAUACCACACCAAGACAAAAGUUCAACCGAAUAACCAAUCUUCCCAAAAUAAAAUGGGGAACCACAUUUGCAGUUUACUCCAUCUAUGCAUGCAUUGGUCUUUCAUAUUCAAUUAUAUCUCCUUUGAUAUCUAUAUUCAUUAUAUUUUUCCUAAAUCUAUCAAUCUUGUAUUAUAAAUACGCAUUGAAAUACGUAUACAGUCACAUAAAUGAAUCAGAAACCAUGGGAAGACUUUAUCCAACAGCAUUACUUCAUCUUUACACCGGGGUAUACUGCCUUGAAUGUUGUUUGAUUGGAGUAUUCUUUCUUCUGAAGGAUGACAAAGGAGUGUAUCCGAUGAGGGUACAAGGUUGGAUAAUGACAGGAGUGUUAAUGUUAACCAUAUUUGCAAAUACAACUAUUUAUAACCGCUAUCUUCCACAUUUUUCAAACUUGCCAAUAUUAUCAGAUAAAGCAUAUAAGGAUGGUGUAAAACCAAUUACACCUACAGAAGAUCCGGAUAGCGGCAACACAUACUAUCUGAAUCAUAAAUUAUUAUACCUUAACCCUGCAUUCAAGUAUGAAAGUCCUAAAGUUUGGUUACCAAGGGAUCCAUUUGGAUAUUCUGAAAUACAACUACAAGAAUUGCAAACCAAAUCACAGUUCCAAGGACAAACAAAUGGUGCACAAGUCCAAUUUGGUAAAGUAUUGAAUUCACUCAAAUUGAUCAUUUCCGAGGCGCCACCUGAUUAUAAAUAG